UGCGAUCCUCUAUGGCUCCUAGCAGCCUAUUUUCUGCAUCCUCUCUCCCUGUAUAUAUAAGCGUCAUCACUCCGAUUUCCUAGUAACAUCCCUCUCUGUUUGCUAUCUCAAACAUUUAUCUACAAACACUGCUAUCAGUCGCAGACCACUUCAAAUCCGAAGAUAUCCGAUUACAUAUCGAUAUGGCUCCAGCUGCUGCAACCAAUGGUUCAGAUUCGAUAAAACCUAGAGAUGUGUGUAUUGUUGGUGUUGCACGUACACCACUCGGUGGGUUUCUUGGUUCUCUUUCAUCUUUACCCGCGACAAAACUUGGAUCCAUAGCAAUCGAAAGCGCUUUAAAGAGAGCAAAUGUUGAUCCAUCACUUGUACAAGAAGUUAUUUUUGGAAAUGUUCUUGGUGCAAAUUUAGGGCAGGGUCCCGCCAGGCAAGCGGCAUUAGGUGCAGGAAUCCCUAAUACUGUUGUCAGCACCACAGUCAACAAAGUUUGUGCAUCAGGGAUGAAAGCAACUAUGUUGGCAGCACAAAGCAUCCAAUUGGGAAUAAAUGAUGUUGUUGUGGCUGGUGGCAUGGAAAGCAUGUCUAAUGUCCCCAAAUACAUUUCAGAAGCAAGGAAAGGAUCUAAAUUUGGACAUGACACUCUUGUUGAUGGAAUCUUGAAAGACGGGUUGUGGGAUGUUUUCAAUGAUUUUAAAAUGGGAAAUGCUGCUGAAAUAUGCGCUGAUAUGUAUGAACUUACAAGAGAGCAUCAGGAUGACUAUGCUAUUCAAAGUUUUGAGCGUGGUAUUGCUGCCCGAGAUAGUGGUGCCUUUGAUUGGGAAAUUACUCCUGUUGAAGUUCCUGGGCCAAGAGGAAGACCAUCAACAAUUGUAGACAAGGAUGACGAUUUAUCAAAGUUUGAUCCUGCUAAAUUGAGGAAACUUCGCCCAGCUUUCAAGGAAAGCGGUGGUAGUGUCACCGCCGGCAAUUCCUCUGGCAUAAAUGAUGGUGCUGCUGCACUUGUGUUGGUUAGUGGAGAGAAGGCACUUGAGCUUGGGUUGAAAGUGAUUGCUAAGGUUUCCGGAUAUGCUGAUGCUGAACAGGCACCUGAGCUGUUCACAACUUCUCCAGCUCUUGCUAUACCCAAGGCCAUUUCAAGAGCUGGAUUAGAAGCUUCUCAAAUAGAUUUCUAUGAAAUCAACGAAGCAUUUGCAGCUGUGGCUCUUGCAAACCAAAAACUGCUCAAUUUGGAUUCCGCAAAGCUUAACGUACAUGGUGGUGGUGUGUCGUUAGGGCAUCCUCUAGGUUGCAGUGGUGCACGUAUCUUGGUCACACUAUUGGGGGUUUUGAAGACUAAAGGUGGGAAAUAUGGAGCAGCGGGUGUGUGCAAUGGAGGAGGAGGUGCAUCGGCGUUUGUUCUAGAGCUUGUUUGAAAUCUUGCCAGACGAAUGUUGUUCUUUUUCGGUUGUUUGUUUAAGUUAUUGAUUUUUUUUUUGCACUAUUAAGAGUUAUUCCAAGAGAUAAAUAAGCGUGUAUGUAGUUGAAUUUUAGAUAAAUAAAAAUAUGUUGGCAGUUGCUUGUUUAA